CGAUCUGCAAGCGGACCCCCGGUUCACCAGCUGCGGCCUCCAAAUCUCAUGCCAACGACAGGCGGACCCAAAUGCUCCCGCUCCGAACCGCUCUUUCUCUGGAUUUUCCGAUUUCGCGCACCGAACUCCUCCAACUCCCUCCUUCGGCGCACCAUGUCCAGCCUAGCCAGCCUCCCGCGUCUCGGGCGGCUUGCCCGCGCCGUGCCAAUUGCGCCCUUCGCCGCACCCCGUCUCCGCUCCCUCUCCACCGCUGUUGAGGGGCAACGCCGCGGCGGAAAUCGCGAUCGCCAGAACUCCCAGCAGCCCCGUGCCGGAGGAUCUCGCGGGCCUUUUGUUCCCCCCAACAACCUGGCGAAGCUCCUCAAUACUUUCGCGACGCUUAAGGCUGAGGGCCGCAAGCCCACAGCUGCCGCGUACAACACCCUCAUCAAGGAGGCUGCCAACUACGGCACGCGGCGAGGCAGCAACGCCAAGCCUGGAGAGUUCAGUCUCGGCUUUGAGAUUGCGCUCGGCGCGAUGCGCGACGCUGAGGCAGGCGGCAUCGAGCUGGGCACCGAGGCGCUCAACGAGCUUCUCCGCUUCUCCAUCGUCCAUCCCAACAUCCUUCCCUCGCUGCUGCUCGAGUUUGCCAAGCGCCAGAUCUCGACUGUCGAGACGUACGACACGCUCGCUGCGCACGCCCUUCUCCCCGGGCGCGUCGAGGAGUUGAUGAUGAUCAUCGUCGAGAUGCUGGAGCAGAAUAUGGCGCCGAGCAAGAACAUUGUGCGCCACGCGAUCCGACUCCUGUGCGAGUGGGGACAGAGCCGGCUGGCUCUCGACCUCGUGCACCGUAUCCAGGAGGUGCCGGGGCAGCCCCAGGUCACAUCCGAGAGCUGGGUGCAGAUCCUUAUGGCCGCAGCCGACCAGCAGGACCUACCGACCGUCGAGGCCGCAUGGGAGCGUGUGGUCAACGUCAAGGCGUACACGCCGGAUGAGGGAUUAAUCCUGUCGGUCCUUGCCGUCGCGGCCCGCUGGGGCAAGCCGACACUCGCGACGCGCGCGCUCGCCGCGCUCUCCGACAUUGGCGUGACCAAGAAGGAGCACCACCUCACGCCCUUGAUCGAGGCGUUCUGCCGCGACGGGCGUGUGCCGGAUGCGAUUGAGGCGGUUGGCCUGAUCCGCGAGAGCGGGAUCACGCCGAGCCUGAUGACGGUGCGCCCGAUUGUGGACGUGCUCCGCUCGGCCGAGGUCAUCGACCAGGCAUUCUACUGCCUCGAGGACCGGGCGAAGGACGGGAAGGGCGUUGAUGUUUCCGUGUUCAACGCGCUCAUCCAAGCGUCGGCCAAGGCGGGCGACCUGCAGCGCGCGCGCGCAACCCAGCUCGCUGCUCCUGAGCUCGGCGUGACUCCCGAUGCGGAGACCUUCAACCUCGUGCUUGCGGCGUGCGCAACCACCCGGCACAAGGACCUGGCGCAGACCAUCCUCGGCGAGAUGGAGAACGCCGGCUUCGCGCCCACGACCUCGACGUACGAGAGCAUGAUCCGCCUCGCCCUCUGUCAGCCCGAGUAUGAGGACGCGUUUUACUAUCUCGAGAAGAUGAAGGCGGACGGCAUCAAGCCCGCGCGCAGCAUCUACAAGCAGAUCGGGAUGAAGUGUGUCGCGCACGACGACAAGCGCCACACGCUUGUGGCUGACGAGAUGGAGAGCAUCGGGUACGGCAAGGUCGACUUUGCCGCCGAGAUGGAGACGAAGCGGUCGCGCCAGGCGCAGGGGCGCGCGCGCGACGGCCACCGCGGAGAGCGUGGCGAGCGGCCGGCCAGGCAGCGCCGGGGCGAGGACGGCGAGCAGCGCCAGCGCCCGCCCCGUGCGCGCGAGAGCGAGCCUCAGCCCGCAUCGGCAGCGUAGGUCAGCACAAAUAGUCGAAAGCAG